AUGGGGACUAGCAGCAGCAGAAAGAAGAAGCACAAUGUCAAUACAGGGCAAAAGAAGCGUUUCGUUGGUGGCAGUGGAGCCCUAAAAGGAAGAGGCGUUGGAUACGGGACCGGCCAUUAUGGCGGAGGUUACCGCAGCGAAGACGGCGGAGGAUACAGCGGCGGUGGCGGCGGAAGUAACAGCGGCGGUAGUGGCGGAGGUAACAGCGGCGGUGGCGGCGGUGGCGGCGAUGGCGGCGAUGGCGGCUGUGGCGGCGGCGGCGGAGGUAACAGCGGCGGUAGUGGUGGAAUUAACAGCGGCAGUAGUGGCGGAGGUUACAGCAGCGGAAGUGGCGGAGGUUACAGCGGCGGUAGUGGCGGAGGUUACAGUGGCGGUAGUGGCGGAGGUUACAGCGGCGGUAGUGGCAAAGGUUACAGCGGCGGUUGCGGCGAAGGUUACAGCGGCGGUGGCAGCGGAGGUAACAGCGGCGGUGGAGGCGGGGGUGGUGGUUGUGUUAUUGGUGGCGGUGGAGGUGGCUGUGGAGGUGGUGGUGGUGGAGGUUGUAGCGGUGGAGGCGGCGGGUGUGGAGGUUAUUGA